AUGAAGUCUAUCAUUUCCCUUGUUGUCCUGGCUGCCAGUUCCGCCCUCGCUGCUCCUGCCAAUGUCAUCCGCAGUAAUUUUAUCCAGAUCGGUGAUUUCUGGGCUCGUGCCGGGCCCACCUCCCCCGGUGCAAGCAUGCACUUCACUCUGACCGAUCCAAACUAUCCCGACGACACCCCCACCGACUGCAAUCUGAUCUGGACCUAUGGACAGCUGCCCAACGAGAAUGCACGAUGUAACAACGGCGAGUACUCUAUCAAGUUUCCCCAAGGUGCUCCCGACUUCAACCUUUUCACGCUGGAAUUGGAAAGGGUUUCUGGUUCGAUCCCUGAAGAUGGUCAUGUUUUGCUGAGUUCCAAUGCCAACGGAAUGGCCCCGGGGACCAAGUGGAUUUGCGUGAACAACCCCGAGCCGCACGUCGAGAUCAGCUGCUCUUACCAAGGCGUCCUUGAAAUGCAGGUCUAG